AAAACAAUCACAUAGCCUUUGUAUUAAAAUCAAAAUAUAUAAAUUUUCGGAAAGGAGAGAAAUAAUCCCACAAAGAAGAGCAAGCAACAAGGGACGUGGGAACUGCAAUGGAUUCGAUAGGGAAUAGUCUCCAAAAUCAUGGAAAUAUAAAAAUAGAGUCGGCAGAAGUUACUGAAUUAAAUGAUGAGCCCAAUAGCGAAAUAACAUUCCAAUUUGAGUUGGAAGUGAAUGAAAAUGACUAUGAAAAGGCGAUACAAGAUGAUUUCUAUGAAAUACUAGAAUUAGAGAAUGAAACCCCUAUCAAUGAAGAGGAUAAACAUCUGAUUGCCUUCACGGGUGGGCCAAACUCAGCAGUUGAAAUCAAAAACGAACCCAUUGAUGAUGACAUGUGUGAGGAAAAAGAUUUCCAGACAUCGGAAAGUGAAGUUUCCACCGACAAUGUUGAAGAAUGUCCUGAGGAGUUUAUUAUCACCAUAAAAGAGGAGGCGGAAGAAGAAACUUUAAACGAAAGUUUUUCGAAUGAAAUCGAUGCGUCUAGCGAAGUGACACAAGAUGAGUCCAUUCAAAGCACCCAAAUGCCCCUCAAAAUUACAAGCUGCCGCAGUCUUCCCCACAUACAAAAAACUUGCCUGCCAAUUAAGUGCCCCCACUGUCCAAAUGCAUACAAUCCAAGAGUCUUUGCGCAACACAUCCAGUCUGUAAACUGUGCCUACUGUCCCGAGUCCUUUAAGUGCAGCGCAGGUCUCAAGACGCAUAUGCGUGUUCACGCCGAGUCAAAGCCAUUUACUUGCUCCGAAUGUGAAAAGGCUUUUAGCACAAUUCAUAUCCUGGCGGAACACAUGCGAACGCACACAGGAGAGAAACCUUUCUGCUGUCCCCACUGUCCGAAAGCCUACACGCAAAGCCAUGGCCUGAGAAAGCACAUCCACACCCACACAGGAGAGCGACCGUUCCAGUGCUCGUUUUGUCCCAAGUCCUUCACAAAUGGAGCUAGUCUUAAAUCGCACAUUCGCACUCACACCGGUGAAAAGCCAUAUAAGUGCUCCGAGUGCAAUAGAGAUUUUGCAGAACGUAAAUAUUUACAAGUGCACAUGCGAACCCACACUGGAGAGCGACCAUUUAAGUGCCCGCAAUGUCCUUCAGCCUAUAAGCAAAGAUCAUAUUUAACUGCUCACAUCCGGAGCCAUACUGGUGAGAGACUGUACAAGUGUACGGAGUGUCCAAAGGCUUUCACUGUCAAAUCUGUUCUGGAUAACCACAUGCGGACCCAUACGGGAGAGCGACCGUUUAGUUGCUCCUUUUGCUCAAAGACUUUUAAAUACAAUUCCAACUACGUAAUACACGUACGAACCCAUAACGAGGCUCCCAGCAAUAAAACAUGAAACCUUGGUUUUAUGAUUUAACUUUAAUUAUUUUUAAAUUUAUUAUGUUAGACAAUUUUAUUAUGUUUAUACGUGUAAUAUAUCCAUUAGGUUUUUAUUAAUGUUAAAUUAUACAAGAACUGAAAUCAAAAUCUAAA